GAAGCCAAGAGUAGCUGGGAAAUGAUGGCUGAGGAAGAGGAGGAAGUCAAGAGGAUCUUGCAGAAAUUGCAGGAACUGGUUGAUCAGCUGUAUUCAUUUCGAGACUGCUAUUUUGAGACACACAGUGUUGAGAAUGCUGGGAGAAAGCAGCAGGAUGUGCGGGAGGAGAUGGAGAAGACCUUGCAGCAGAUGAAGGAAGUAGUGGGUUCUGCCCAGGGUGAGGCACAGGUUCUAAUGCUAACUGGGAAAGCACUGAAUGUGACUCCCGACUACAGCCCUAAGGCUGAGGAGCUUCUAUCAAAGGCUGUGAAGCUGGAUCCCAAGCUAGUGGAAGCUUGGAACCAGCUGGGUGAGGUGUACUGGAAGAAAGGGGAUGUUGCUGCUGCUCGCACCUGCUUCUCAGGAGCCCUCACCCAUUGCAAGAACAAAGUCUCCCUGCAAAAUCUGUCAAUGGUGCUUCGGCAACUACGGGCUGACACUGGAGAUGAACAUUCUCAUCAUGUCAUGGACAGUGUCCGGCAGGCUAAGUUGGCUGUGCAAAUGGACGUCCAUGAUGGCCACUCUUGGUAUAUUCUGGGGAAUGCAUACCUUUCUCUUUACUUCAAUACGGGCCAGAACCCUAAGAUCUCCCAGCAAGCCCUUAGUGCCUAUGCCCAAGCAGAGAAGGUUGACAGGAAAGCUUCCAGCAAUCCUGACCUUCAUCUAAACAGGGCAACGUUACAUAAAUAUGAAGAGAAUUAUGGGGAGGCCCUGGAUGGCUUCUCUUGGGCUGCAGCACUGGACCCUGCCUGGCCAGAGCCACAGCAACGAGAGCAACAACUCCUGGGAUUCCUGGAUAGAUUAACCAGCCUCCUGGAGAGCAAGGGAAAGGUAAAAACCAAAAAGCUGCAAAGCAUGUUGGGAAGCUUGCGUCCAGCCCAUCUAGGCCCUUGUGGUGAUGGGCACUAUCAGUCAGCCUCAGGGCAGAAGGUGACGCUGGAGCUCAAGCCACUGAGUGCGCUACAGCCGGGUGUGAACAGUGGUGCCGUGGUCCUGGGAAAGGUGGUGUUUAGCCUUACCACAGAGGAGAAAGUCCCCUUUACAUUUGGUCUGGUAGAUUCAGAUGGACCUUGCUAUGCAGUGAUGGUGUAUAAUAUGGUGCAGAGCUGGGGAGUGCUCAUUGGGGAUUCUGUAGCCAUCCCUGAGCCCAGACUUCGGCUUCACCAAAUUCAGCACAAGGGAAAGGACUAUUCCUUUUCCAGUGUUCGUGUGGAGACGCCCCUCCUGCUAGUAGUGAAUGGGAAGCCUCAGGGCUCCAGCAGCCAGGCUGCUGCCACAGUAGCAUCGCGGCCGCAGUGUGAAUGACCUUCCCUGAAUUGCGUGCUAAGGAGGGAGCAGAGCGAGGCAAAAAGCUCAAGGCACUUGGCAGCUGGACCAGCCACAACCAGUUACUCAACCGGGAUGGGGGGAUGUUUUUAAAGAAGACUUUCACUUCCUCACCCUACAAGACACUUUGUGUCUCUUCUCUCUCUCCUGUCAUCAUGUUCCACCUCCCUGCAGGGCUAAACACUCUCCUGGCCUCUUUCACUGCUUUGUAUGUUUUAAACAAAGAGCAUGGGAUUGGUAUAAGUUUUGGGAUCUUGCCAUGGGACAGAGACCCCCAAGUUUCCUGUUCUUGCCUCCUUCCUGAGCCUCAUGUGUAUAUAUCAGUUCAGUUAUUUAUUGCUAAGGGAGGGGGCUUAAUUUUUUAAUGGCUUGGUUUUUGAGCAAUUUUUACUUUUUGAAAUUCAGACCCUUUACCUUCUUUGGAGCUAGAG